UCCCCCCCAGCGUAUACACCGCUCCAACCGAGACCGCUGUCCCCAAACAACAUUUUCGGUUCUGACAACAAUGAUUUACUGUUACGCUCUCUACAGACUCCCAAACGCAAGUACACAUGGCCAAGUACGAAUCAUGACUUCACCAGCGAAGACUACGGCGUAGUACUGCAUUUCCUAGCUGGCCUGAUCAUCGUCUGUGUUGGGGCUCCGAGUUUUGAGCUGUACAAGCAUCCCCUCGACGAGCUGCCUGGUGGUGGGAUACUGCAGUAUGGACUCGCGGGCUCGAUUAUUGGGUUUAUCAUGGCUGUCCUCUCGCUCUCGAUGCUUGGCCUCGGCCAUCCUAGAUCGAAAUGCGGGUUUUUCUUCAGGGCCAUUCAAAUGAUGCUAUACUCGCUGGCCGGCGCGCUACUGGGCUACGGGACGUAUGUGACGCGGGACAACGAGGCGUGUGCUGCUGGCGCAGCGCAGUCGGAGUGCUACUCUAUCCGUAAGACUGCGGGUUGGCGAUGCGGGAUUGUGAUAGUAGCGAUGUGCGGGGUUAUUGUGUUGCAGGAAGUUGUCGUGCGGGCGCUGUGGGCUGUGGCCGUGAUUAGAGCUGGCAGGAUAGGGAGACAGCGGGAGGCCGAUUUAGGAGUUUAGGGGAAUGUACGAUAAGAAAUUAAUACGGACUGGCGUUUGCUUUGCUUAUCGAUAAGAACAGUCUGGGAUAAUUAAUAUAGCCUUCAGUAAUUUCACUAUCUAGUGUCUAAUUACUGUCGAUAUUGUCGCAUGCACCGCCACGGGCGGUGUCGCUGGCUGUGCACCGGUCGUGGCUGCUAAGGUCAUGUACACAGCCA